GCCCUGUGCGCCUGGUGUUUCCUGGCCUUGGCCUGCGGCCUCUCUGUGGAGCAAAGGCCGAGCGUUGAUGCUUCCAGCUUCCUUGCGGCGCAGGUCGAUGGCAGUACCGGAAAGGUCGGCGCCUCCUUGCUGGAGGUUUCGGAUGGAUCCAUGCAAGGGCGCCAGGAACGUGUGGAAACUCUCCUCAGCGCCGAGCAGUCGGCCUUGCUAUCACAAGAGCAGGCUCUCGAGCAGAUUGCUGCCCAGCAAGCCUCCCUCGCGCAGCAGCAGCAAGAGCUCAAGGAGCGCGAGGCAGAGGUGGAGCGGGAGAUCUCCAAGAAAGUCACCGGAUUGGGCACUUCUCUUGCCCAGGUGUCCGAAGCAUCGUCGUCCAGCUCCGGCUUGGAGGUUGGCUUGCAGACGGUCAAGCACAUUAUCCAGAAGACCUGGAAAGAGCAGCUGAUCUCGGCAGCCGUCUACAUGGCCAUCAUUUGUGCCGCAGGUUGGCUGUACGGCCAGUUCUGCACGUACGAGUAUGCAAGCCUUCGGCAGGAGCCGAAAAUCUCUCGAGAUUCUUUCAGCUUCAGUCUGAUCGACGGAUGCAGAUGCGAUCCGGACCACCGAAUCUGCCUCUGGGCCUGCUGCUUCCUCCCGAUUCGAUGGGCGGACACGGCCAGCUCGCCGAAGGUGAACUUCUUCAGGUACUGGCCAGGUAUCUUGACAAUGACUUUGUUGUUCAGCCUGAUAAACCUGUCGUACGGAGUUACGGCGCUGCUGGCCCUCCUGCUGAUGGUGGCGAAUCGUCAGAGGAUCCGGAGUGCUUACAACUUGCCACACCGGACGUUCCCGCCUGAGCUCCCGAAGUGCAGAAGUUCGAAUCAUCAAGAGAAUUCUGGAGUGCUCCACCUGCUCAAUGGAUUUCUUGACUUGGUUCUUCUGUCCGCCAUGCGCAGCCAUGCAGGAGGCAAUGCAAGUGGAAUUCAUCGACAGCGCCAUGGAUGCCACCGUCCCGAACAUGAUGCAGAUGGGCCCGAUGAACAGCGCUUUCCUGACGGCCCCGGCCACAGGCCAGCUUGCCGCAGGCGUGAGCGACAUCGGAGAGACACUGGCGGAAUCGGAGUGGCCUUGCGGAGGGCCGAUGGUCCGCUUUGGACGGAACAUGCGGAAGUUGAUCCCAUUCUUGGAGACUGCGCACCCUCCCAGGACAGCUCUGCCGAGGAGGAGGAGUUCCCUGGCGACUUGAGGCCACCAUGUGAGGAGUCACAUCAAGCACGCUGGCACGAGAAGGAGCAAUGCUACCAGGAGCCGUGGUAUGAGGAUGUCAAGGAGAGCGAAUACGACCGUGAUUGGUGGCAAUGGCAGCAGCCAGCUGAGGACAAGAAGUGGGAUGCCCGUGCACAGGACAACGGGAGAGAUUGGCAGACUCGGCAUUUUCCCCAACAGGAUCAGAAGGAAAGACAUCAGGCAGACAUGGCCAAGUUUGCUAGCUUGUUGAAUAUGCACAACUUGCCUCGCGAGGCACCUAGUACACCAGCUACAAGAUCCUCUCCUACCAAGACGAGAUUGGAUGGGCAGUCGGUUGAGGCGAACCGAAAGCCCGAUGCGCGGCAAGAGCCGCGGGAACAGCCGCAGGAGAUAAAGGCAGAAGAGGCCCAGAGCGCAGCUGGGCCGACUGGGCAGAAGUUGAUUGUUCGGCACAAGUUCGAUGGCAGAGAAUAUGGUGACAGCUACCUGGUCCUUCAGAAGGGUGACGUGCUCAUCUUCUUGAGGGAGGAAUCAGAAUGGGCCUUCUGUCGACGUGAGCUGCCUGGCCCUGGACCUAUGGAAGGAUGGUUUCCACCCAACUUCGCGCAAAAACUGGCUCAGGGGGCAGACGCAAAAACGAUGCGUGCGUGCUGGUUUUGGUGCCCACCAUCCUGCAGCGUCCGAACGACUGGCCGAGUGGCGACAUCAAAUGCAUUGCAUGGUGGCGCCAAGUUGCAGCGGCUCAAGUAUGAGCCUACACGCAUGCAUGCCCUAGCCAUUCGACCUACCUGUCAGCUGUGCAGACACAUGGAGACGACAGUACUUGAUGCAAAGUAA